AUGACAAUAGGAAGAAAAGAUAACGAUAUGAACGAUAAUGAUAGUGAAACAAGUGAACAUAAUGAUUACAGCGGAUUUCAAUUAAUACCUGAAUUGGAUAUGGGUGAUUCAGAUAGUAGUGAUGAUGAAUCAUCUAUAAACAACAACAACAACCAGAAUGGAGGAACAAGAAAACUAACAAGAGAAGAAGAAAUCAAGAGACAAGUCGAAUUGAAUAACAAGUUUCUUUUUGAUGAUGAUGUAGAUGACGCAAAUACACAACAACAAGACAACUUUACCGAUUUCCAAGGAUACUCUGAUCAAUUUCAUCAAUUUGAUCAAACAGAGGACGAUGGAGGAUCCUCUGACCUUAAAGUCAACCCAAAUAAUCUAUUAUUCAAUACCAACGAAUUAUUCCCAACUGAAAAUAACAAUCCAUUCAACGAUGAACAACCACAACAACAAGAAGAGGAAAAGAAUACUUCUCCCUAUUGUCAAAGAAAUGAAAAAGGUCAUUUGGUGCUAAGUAAAGAUAAACUACUACCACCUGAUCAUGUUGAUUUAAUUAGAGAAUGUAUGAAAAAUAUAAAGGUAGCUCCUCCCCCUGAAUUAUCUGAAAAAUGGAAAUCUUGGGAUAAUAAAUUACAAAGUAAAUUUAAUAAAUAG